UACCGCGCCAUCGCCGCCGCCGCCGCCGUCCCCGCCGCCGCCGCCAUGUCGCCGCUCGCCCGCUCGCUGCUCGCGCUCGCUGCGCUGUUCGCCGCCGUUGACGCCACUGCCUGGGACCCCUACGGUCACGAGCAGGGCUGUUCUGGAUUCGCUAUGGCGGUUCGUGUAUCCGUCGAACCCCAACAGCGUGUAAACUUCGACGUGACGGCCCGUACUAGUGAAGCCAUUCAUGAUAUUCCCGACAGAUGUGCCAAGAUCGGCGGCGUAAUUCAGUACCAGAGAGUGGAAGUAUGCAACGCUUUCAGAGGUCUUACGUCAUCAGCCAGAAAAGCGCCUAAAGUCAACUAUUUGCGAGAUGAUACCUUAUCACCAAUAUACGCGUCUUGCGAUGGCGAUUCAGAGUGCGGUCCUCUCGUGAUCCAUGUCACCCAGGCAUGCAACCCUGUGCCUCUUGCAAGAUAUUAAACAUACUACCCGUACACGGACUAUCUCAACUAUUCUAGACGAAGCACAUGAAAUAAUAGAGGUUCACAGCACAUAAGCGCUCCCAUACAAUAUUGGUACUUACUUAUAUAUUUUUUUGACAUCCUAUUCAAUUAUGUAAAAUCUCAUUCGAUUAUUUUACUACUAGUAAAAAUUGCAUGUUUUGUGAGGACCUUUGUAAUGCAGUGUCUGUGUAGUCUGUGCUCUAUAUGAAUAUUAUUUUUGUACAAGCUGAUAUGUUUUAUGAAAAUAAAUUAUAAGUUUCAAUAAAUUAUUACGAAGUACUGUCGA